GUUUAAACUGAUGGACAUCUUUUUCAUCGGAAAUCUUACGUUCCCUCAUCUUCCAUCGAAUGUUAUUCUCAUGAGAAAGAAUGGAAUCAGAGGAGAGUUGUGAUGGGCUAGUUGAAGUUAUACCAUCAAAUGGAAAUGCAACUAACUUAGUCACCAAUGGUAAUGUCUCUAUAUCACCACGGAAUCUGAAGACAGAACAGGUAUUUCAACAAUGUGGUGAUUACCAGCAUGAAGGUCUAAUAACUGGCUCCUCGAUUCCUCCCAACAUGGUUCCCAUGGCUACGACUGCUGUCUUGAAUCAAAAUGGUCAGCUUCAAGCAGGCAUGGUGGCCAUGUCAGAUCAUAAUAUGGGUGAACAACUAGUGGUCGUUCAAAACAUGAAUGGUGCCACAAAUAUGGAGGAGUCAAAUGCCAAAGCAAUGAUUAGUGCUGCUUCUUUGCCAAGUUCCAUUCAAAUGACCAAGUUCAACAAUACUGUUACAAAUGCUGGCAUGCUGCCUCAAAUGACUAAUACCGGUCAAAUGCUUGCUCCAACACAGUUGGCUGGAAUGAUGAGUCUUGCGGGUUUACCUCAGGUUACAACAUUACCACCGGGAUUAAAUGGAAUUCCAGGUCUAAAUGUCAUGAAUCAACUUGCUGGCCAACCCCAAAUAGUCCAACAACAAGCACUCAAUGGUGUUCCAACUUCUCAAUUCCAAGGAUCUUGUCCUCAGGGUAUGGUUACUGUUAAUGGACAUCCUGGUGCAAUUCAGCAGCAACAAGUCAAUGGCACACAACAGUUUGUAUUGGCAGCAGGACAACCUAUGCAAGGUAUUCAAGGAGCUCAACUAUUAAUACCUACAUCAUCAGGUGUUGCUGCUCAACAAGUGAUAACCAUUCCUGUUUCUCAACUGGCUGGAAAUCAAAUAGUUCAACUUGUUACCCCCAAUGGGCAGCUUUUCACAACCACAAUGGCUAAUCUACAAGCUCUUACUCAACCUGUUCCUAUGCCUGGUGUACAGACAUCAAAUAAUCCUGGUAAUCCACAAACAAUGCAGUCUCACCCUGUUCUUACUUCAGGGUACUCCAACGUGCCUGGACAAAUGACAUCUUUGCCACAGAUAUUCACGAAUUCUGCGGGGCAGCUUGUUACUCUUGGGCCACAGAUUAUUGCUCAUCCUAUGAUGGGGCCAAAUCCAGCAAAUCUUAUGGUCAACCCUCAGGUAGCUGCUCAUUUGCAGCAAGUACAACAGCAUGAAGACAAGUCAAAUUUAUCCGGGCAACCUGCCUCGCUUGGCAGAAUGCAGAACUCUUCUCUUAAUGCCAUCUCGCAGGCCAUUGCAAUGCAGCAGCAACAACAGCAGCAGCAGCAACAAGCUCAACCUCAAAUAGCCAUGAAUCCUGUAGCCAUAGUUACGACGCAGCUUGCUUCUGGGAAGAAUCAGAAUGCUCCCCAGGUCUUGGUUCCUCCUCUCCAAAACUGUAUUGUUGCACCUAAACUUCCUGGGCAGCCUGGUACGACAGUGUCCACACUAACUCAAACUGUUCAUCCACAGCCUUCUAUUUCACCUGAUGAUGAUUGUGAUAAUGGUUUGAAUUUGCAGGUAAAUACAAUAAGUAAUACUGAAGCUAAUGUUGUGGAUGGAAUUAAUUUAGAAGAAAUCAAAGAAUUUGCUAAAGCCUUUAAAAUACGUCGUUUAUCAUUGGGAUUGACCCAAACCCAAGUAGGGCAGGCUCUAAGUGCUACAGAAGGACCUUCUUACAGUCAAAGUGCCAUUUGCAGGUUUGAAAAACUAGACAUUACUCCCAGAAGUGCCCAAAAAAUAAAACCUGUUUUGGAGAGGUGGAUGAAGGAGGCAGAAGAAAGGUACAAAAAUGGGGCUCAUACGCUGACAGAAUUCAUUGGCAGUGAGCCCACCAAAAAAAGAAAACGGAGAACAUCUUUCACCCCUUCUGCUUUAGAUGUACUUAAUCAGUUUUUUGAAAAGAAUACUCAUCCAUCAGGUUUAGAAAUGACUGGACUUGCAGAACAUUUGAACUAUGAUCGUGAAGUUGUUCGAGUAUGGUUUUGUAACAAGAGGCAAGCCCUGAAAAACACAAUUAAAAAACUAAAAACAGGUCCUACCUGA